GAGGGAAUCCUCCACAGUGACGCCUUUGGUUCUGCUCUUUUCUAGCCUUGUGUUCAGAGACUUUGUUAUGGGAUGUGGCAGGGAGAAGGGAGGUUAAAAAUGUGUCUGUGGGAUUAGCCUGGCAGGAAGGGGCAGGUCUACACUGUAAUAAAGAAAUCAAGCAUUUUCUCAGGAUAGCAGACUCUAGGGUGUCUGUCUGCAGAGAGCCUGGGGGAAUCAUGAUGUGAAAUUAACUAAGGCCUGUUCUGAAACCUCCACAACUGCCCUUCUCACCCUGCCAGGCUGCAGAAUGAGGUCCAUAUUUCAGUCAACUUCAUCCCAUCCUCCCAUGGGACAGAGGAGAGAAGUGGCUGCAGAGGAGUCAGUCCAGGGGCCAGUGACCUUUGAGGAGGUGGCUGUGUAUUUCACCAGAGAAGAGUGGGCUCUGCUGGACUCUGCUCAGAGAGCCCUGUACAGAGACGUCAUGCAGGAGAACUACGAGAAUGUGACCUUGCUGGCAUUUCCAGUUUCCAAACUUGAUGUGAUCUCCCAGUUGGAACAGUGGGAAGAGACAUGGGUCCCAGACCUCCAGCGUUCAGAGGAAAGAGAGAUCCUGAGAGUUCUCUACACAGCAGGUGAUGCAAUGGUGUGUGAGAAAGAGGAGCAGAAUUCUCAGCAGGAGAAUGUUGAGCAAGUGGAUAAACACAGAGCAUUAUUGCAAAGAUUGGAAAGGAAUGUGUUCAGGAGUCAUGAGCAGAGAAAAUCCUGUGAGAUUCUGAGAAGACCAGAAAGCGAGCAGGGAAAGCAGCCAGGAGAGAAAGUAGGUAAAUGUAUUUCCUGUCAGGAAACUCAGAAGAACCUUAAGGAAACUACAACACAACAGGAAAUCCAGAGCGGAAGGAGAAAAAGUACAUGCACUGAGUGUGGAAAAAACGUAUGUGAUUACUCCAGCCUUAUAACGCAUCAGAAAAUCCACACAGAGGAGAGGCCCUAUGAAUGCUGUGAGUGUGGGAAAACCUUCAAUCACAGAUCGCACCUUAUUAGGCAUCAUAAAAUCCAUACAAGGGAGAGGCCCUAUGAAUGCAGUGAGCAUGAGAAAAGCUUCACUAGCAGUUCAGGCCUUUCUAAACAUCAGAGAAUCCACACAGGGAAGAGGCCCUAUGAAUGCAGUGAAUGUGGGAAAAUUUUCACUUACAAAUCAGGCCUUUUUCUCCAUCAGAGAGUCCACACAGGAGAGAGGCCGUAUGAAUGUAGUGAGUGUGGGAAAACCUUCAAUCGCAGUUCGCACCUCAUUAGGCAUGAGAGAAUCCACACAGGGGAGAGGCCCUAUGAAUGCAGUGAAUGUGGAAAAUGCUCCACUAGCAGCUCAGACCUUUCUAAACAUCAGAGAAUCCACACAGGGGAGAGGCCCUAUGUAUGCAGUGAGUGUGGGAAAAGCUUCACUAGCAGCUCAGGCCUUUCUAAACAUCAGAGAAUCCACACAAGGGAGAGACCCUAUGAAUGCAGUGAGUGUGGGAAAGGCUUCACUACUAGCUCAGGCCUUUCUAAACAUCAGCGAAUACACAAAGGGGAGAGGCCCUAUGAAUGCAGUGAGUGUGGGAAAAGUUUCACUAGCAGCUCAGGCCUUUAUCAGCAUCAGAGAAUCCACACAGGGGAGAGGCCCUAUGAAUGCAGUGAGUGUGGGGAAAAAUUCAAUCGCAGCUCAGUCCUUAUUAGGCAUCAGAGAAUCCACACAGGGGAGAGGCCUUAUGAAUGCAGUGAGUGUGGGAAAACCUUCAGUCGCAGUUCACACCUUAUUAAGCAUCAUAGAAUCCACACAGGGGAGAGGCCCUAUGAAUGCAGUGAGCAUGGGAAAAGCUUCACUAGCAGUUCAGGCCUUUCUAAACAUCAGAGACUCCACCCACAGAAGAGGCCCUAUGAAUGCAGUGAGUGUGGGAAAACCUUCAAUCGCAGCUCAAACUUUCUUACCCAUCAGAGAAUCCACACAGGGAAGAGGCCCUAUGAAUGCUGUGAGUGUAGAAAAUGCUUCACUAGCGGCUCAGGCCUUUAUCAGCAUCAGAGAAUCCACACAGGGGAGAGGCCCUAUGAAUGCUGUGAGUGUGGGAAAAGCUUCACUACCAGCUCAGGCCUUUCUAAACAUCAGAGAAUCCACACAGGAGAGAGGCCCUAUGAAUGCUGUGAGUGUAGAAAAUGCUUCACUAACAGCUCAGCCCUUUCUGAACAUCAGAGAAUCCACACAGGGGAGAGGCCCUAUGAAUGCAGUGAGUGUGGGGAAAAAUUCAAUCGCAGCUCAGUGCUUAUUAGGCAUCAGAGAAUCCACACAGGGGAGAGGCCUUAUGAAUGCAGUGAGUGUGGGAAAACCUUCAGUCGCAGUUCACACCUUAUUAGGCAUCAUAGAAUCCACACAGGGGAGAGGCCCUAUGAAUGCAGUGAGCAUGGGAAAAGCUUCACUAGCAGUUCAGGCCUUUCUAAACAUCAGAGACUCCACCCACAGAAGAGGCCCUAUGAAUGCAAUGAGUGUGGGAAAACCUUCUGUUGGCACUUAGCCCAUGUGAGCCAUCAGAGAAUCUGCAAGAGAGAUGAACACCAUAAAAAACUCUAGGACUAUCAAUUUUUUUUCUUUAAUACUUUUCCUGAUUCCCACAUAGUAACUUUUGAAGCUGUUUGAACUGUUUGCUGCACCGAUGAGUGGUCCAUUUUCGCCUUUUGCAGUUUGCCCUGUUUUGAGGUGGGCCCCUUUGUCCUUUCUAUCAAUUCCAUUAUGCCAUGAGUAAUUUGAGUGUGCCCUUUCUAUCAGGAACCAGGGAGCAUCACAUUUAUACCAUUCCUCCUAUUUCAAAAUUAUUGUUAGUCACCAGUGAUACAGAUUGUAUCAUUGCCAGUUCUCAUAUUGCUCUGGGUUGUGCUGAAGAGGAGCUAUAAUGGGAAUUUUUCAAAUUAUAUUUAAAUGAAGAGGAGCAGGGGCAGGAAAAAAAGUGUAAUUUCAGCCUCUGUGACACUGGAAGGAGAUGGGAAGACUCAGAGAUUCUCUCCUUCCCCAUCACUGCAGAACUGUUACCUUUUGUCUGAGCAAUGCAGAGGUUAUCUUCAUCACAUUCCAUCCAUCCACUUCUUAGAGAGUCACGUGAAGAAGAGUUCUCAGCUGUCUGUGCUUGGAGAUGAUGCUUUCACUUUUUUAAUCCUAUACCACAAUCACUCUGACUGAAGAGGAAAGUGUCAAAGAUCAGGAAGGGGAAUUCAAAUUGAUCCAAAACACAGUAUGAUUAUUUGGCAUUAAAAUCCCAGGUUCCAUCUAUUGGUAAAGCCA